GUUAAAAUUAAGGUUUUUAAUUAGAUGUAACAAUUGACGAUUUAUUUUAAUUAUCAGUGUAAUUUAGUUAUAAUAAACAACAAUACAAACAGUAUUUUUCUAUAGAAGAUCGUACUAAAGUUUAAAGCAAACAAAAAUAAUUAAAAGGCGCCAAUAUGACGACGCGGCGAAGACCAGUGGCUAAACAAAUCGCAGGAAAUGAAGCCACAGAACGCAGAUCUUUGGGAGCAAAUACGUCCAAGCAAUCAUUGGUGAGUGCUAAAGCCGCUAGUACAAACAGUGACCAGCAUCAAAAUACCCCCGAACAGUUCAUGUCAGGUGAUCCAUUCGACGAUGCAAAUAUUUCGGAUGAUGAAGAGGGAGGAACUCGUAUAGGAGAUAUCUAUAUACCGCCACCUAUACCACCGCAUUGUUCCACAGAGAGUAAAGGUCCCCGUUUAAUAAUAAGAAAAAUUGAAAAUAACAAUUUCAAAAGUUAUGCCGGCAAAGUUAUUCUUGGGCCCUUCCAUCAUUGUUUUACAGCCAUAAUUGGUCCUAAUGGCAGUGGCAAGAGUAAUGUUAUAGAUUCCAUGUUAUUUGUCUUUGGUUAUCGUGCUAACAAAAUCCGCUGCAAAAAAAUUUCCACGCUACUACACAAUUCCGCUAGGUAUCCAAAUAUCAACAUGUGCUCUGUAGCGGUACAUUUUCGUCAGAUCGAGGACAACGAUGACGGCACGUGUGUAGAAGUGGCCGACAGUGACAUUAUUGUCGAAAGAACUGCUUUCAGAGACAAUUCCUCCUACUAUACCAUCAAUGGCAAAAGAGUACAGUUCAAAGAAGUUGCCAAACUGCUCAAAAAACAUCAUGUGGAUUUAGAUCACAAUCGAUUUUUGAUUUUGCAGGGUGAAGUUGAAUCGAUUUCUAUGAUGAAACCCAAGGGACAAACAGAAGCGGAAUGUGGCAUGUUGGAAUAUUUGGAAGAUAUUGUGGGUACAACGCGCUACAAAGAGCCAUUGGUUAAGAUCAACGAUCGCGUAGAACAAUUGACCGAAGAGCGUACCGAGAAGCACAAUCGAUGCAAAUUGGCCGAACGGGAAAUGAAUGAUUUGGAACAACCCUACAAUGAGGCUGUCGAAUAUUUAAGACAAGAAAAUGAAAAUACUCGUACAAAGAAUUUGAGAAUCCAGAAAUAUCUCAGUGAGAAGAAUAAAAAACUUCAAGAAUAUACAAAACAACAUGAAGAAAUAAAGGCCGAAUUAAAAGAACACGAGACUGAGGUGGACACAUUAAAAAGUGAAAGAGAGGAAAAGGAAAGCCUAGUGAAAAAGGAAAUGCAAAACCAUGAAAACAUGCGCAAGAAAAAGGAAGAUGUGGAAAAGAAACUUGAAAAAUCCACCAGUAAAUUUGCUGAAGUACAAGAAACUAUGACAAUUUUAAAUAAAAGGCGUCAUCAGAAUAAAACUCAAACAACUCAGAAUGAAAAUCAAUUAGAGGAAUUGCGAAAAAUACCUGAAAAAAAUGAGAAAGAAAUUGAAGAAUGUGAAAAGAAACUUGAACGUCUGGUUAAGCAGAAGGCUGAACUGGAAGAAGAAUUGCAGCGUAAUUAUGCAGUGCUAAAAGAACAAACAAAACCUCUUAUUGAAGAACGUGAAAAACUAGAAACUGAAUUGAUGGAUUUGAAAAUUAAUGUCGACGAGGCUAAAGCAGAGCUGGCUCUGUCGGAAUCAGAGUUGAAAAUUUUAAAACAUGAUGAGACCGCCGAAAUGCGUAAAUAUGAGAGUAUGAAAGGAUCCUAUGAAGAAUCCGAACAAAGUUUACAAGAGAAAAAAGUCAAGGUGGAAGAAUUGAAAGAACGCUUGCCACAGAUGAAACAGGAGGUCAUAGAAAAGACGCAACAGUUACAAAAACUUCAACAUGAAGAGCAACAAUUAAGAACGCAAAUAAUGACAAUCAAAGGAGAGAUUAAUGAAAAAUCCGUAAGCAUGCAAGCAAUGCGUUCCAACAAUAAAGUGUUAGAUUUCUUAAUGCGCCAAAAAUCUGAGGGUAAAAUUCCUGGCAUAUUAGGACGCUUGGGUGAUUUGGGUGCCAUCGAUAGUAAAUACGAUGUUGCCAUUUCCACCGCUUGUGGUCGUCUGGACAAUAUUGUGGUAGAUACUGUGAAUACUGCUCAGAAUUGUAUCGAGCAUUUAAAACGUUACGAUGUAGGUCGAGCCUCAUUUAUUGCCCUCGAAAAGGUAGAUCAUUUAAGAAAUCAAUGUGGUCGUAUACAAACUCCUGAAAAUUCAUCACGUCUUUUCGAUUUGGUGCGUGUAGAGGAUGAUCGAGUUACGCCGGCGUUUUACUUUGCAUUGCGCAACACCUUGGUGGCCAACGACUUGGAACAAGGUACCCGCAUUGCGUACGGUGCAAAACGUUUUCGAGUUGUUACAGUCAACGGUGAUGUUAUUGAGACGUCUGGUACCAUGUCCGGUGGUGGCCGCACUCAAAUUCGCGGCAAAAUGGGUACAAAAGUACGCACCAACACUAGCAAAUCAACUGAAACCUCAAUGAUUUCACAACAAGCACUUGAGGACAUGCAAAUAAAAGCCCAAGAAUUGCAAUCUCAACUCAAUUUCAAUCAGGAACAACAGGGAAGACUUGAGCGUGAAAUUAAUCAAUUGAAUACAAGCCAACAGCGCAACGAGGCGGAAAUUCAAAAACUAUUAAUUUCCAUAAAAAGUUUAGAGGAGCAGUUGCCGCGUAUCUUCAAACAGUUGGAGGCGCAAAAGAAACGAAUGCAAGAGACAACCACUGAUGAAGGCAAAGUUAAAGCCAUUGAGGAUGCUAUAGCUGCAAAAAAGGAAACUCUCAAAGAAGCUGAAGAAGCCGCGGUGGAAGUAAAUGAACAAAUUGUCGAAAUUAAAACAAAAAUUGACGCAGUGCAUGGAGAUAAAAUCAAGUCGGUACAAUCAAAAAUUAACAGUCUGGAAAAUCAAAUUAAAAAGUUAAAAGCAAAUAUUUCAAAAUUGAAAGUAGAAUCGACCAAUAAUGAGCGCAAUGUGGCAAAACUCGAGCAGCAAAUCGAACGUCUGAAGGCGGACGUACUAAAAGCUCAAGAUGAAUUGAAAGAGCUCAGUGAAAAACGUCAGCAGUUUGAUGAUGACAUCACUGCCCUGACCAAAGAACUGGAGGAAGCUAAAGAGGCCAUCGAUAAGGCUAAAUCCGAAUUUUCGGGAGUGCACAAGGAAAUAACGGCAAUACAAAAGAAGGAAAGUGAUCUGAAACUUAAACGUGUUGAAAUUGAUCAAAAAUUACAAACAGUCUCGGCAAAAUUGUCCGAUGUCAAAGCUCAAAUUCCUCAUUGGCGAGAGCAAUUGAAACCUCUACGCUUACACGAAAUACCGGGAGAUUCAGAACCGCAGCCGCCUCUAAAAAACUACACAGAAGAAGAAUUGGCAACACACACUUUGCAAGACAUCCAGUACAAAGAGAGUGUUCAAGAAGAAUUGUUGAAAAAGAAACCAAAUCUAUCGUGCAUCACAGAGUACAUCGAGAAAAGGGAUGUGUAUCUAGAGAGAGUCAAGGUGUUGGAAGACAUCACCUGUAAACGUAACGAAAUGAGACAACUCUAUGACGACGUCCGCAAAAAGAGAUACAACGAGUUUAUGCAGGGGUUCCAUAUUAUUACCAGAAAACUCAAAGAAAUGUAUCAAAUGAUUACACAGGGCGGUGAUGCUGAGCUCGAAUUGGUCGAUUCCAUGGAUCCCUUUACAGAAGGUGUAUCGUUCAGUGUCAGACCUCCCAAGAAAACUUGGAAGAAUAUAUCGAACUUAUCCGGCGGAGAGAAAACACUUUCUUCGUUGGCUUUAGUGUUUGCCUUGCAUUAUUAUAAACCUUCGCCCCUGUACUUUAUGGAUGAAAUCGACGCGGCUUUAGAUUUCAAAAAUAUAUCCAUUGUUGCCCAUUACAUCAAGGAGAGAACGAAAAAUGCUCAAUUUAUCAUAAUUUCCCUACGCUCGAACAUGUUUGAAUUGUCUGAUUAUUUGGUGGGCAUAUACAAAGUUAAAGAUUGCACCGAUUCGGUGUGUAUACAAAACGAACCACCUAAAAUGCCCCUAAUUGAAUCGCAACAACUUCAAAACCAGACCCAAACACAAAUACUACAUUCCCAACCAGCCCAUCUACAUGUGGUGCCUACAGCGGGCGUUUCUAACAUGACUGCUACACAACCCUCACAAAUAUUGGCCGAUAAAUCGGUUAGCCUUAAUGAUUCUCUAGAUUCUUCCCCAUCGACAGAAACUGCCGCUAAUAAAGAUGCUCCACCCAAUAGCCAGCAAGAAAAUAAUGAAAACUGUGCAUCUGCCGCCACCGUCUUGUCACAGUCUGCACCUCAGUCACGUAACAAAUCAACAUUUGCUCCUCAAGGGGAAAGUACCGCUGUAACGUCUUCGCAACUUUUAAGCGAUGGACGACAGAGUGGAAAUAUGACUUUUAUACCGCAAGGCGAAAGUACGGCACUAUCGCAGACGCUCCAAUUGGAUAUGACUCGUACUUCCAUUGUACACGGCAGUCAAAAUGCUGCUUUUACCGACAGCCAAUUUAAGAAACCCUUGCCACCUGUAACAUCCAACUGAUGUUUGUUGUUAUUAUUAUUUGUAAAUGUCACGUCGACCUGGUCCAGGUGUUUUUUUACAAUAUUAUUUUAUGGCCAUAUAUUUGUAUUUGUACACACACAUUUUUUAAAUGAAACUCGUUUCCACUUUCAUAUUAGAACAAGACAAUCAUUCUCAUAUUGGAUGACCUGACCACAUACACAACUCCUUAACUGUUACUUUUAAUUAAGCGUUUUAAAUAUUUAACUAUUUUUUAAAAAAGCAUGCUCAUUUAUUUGGAAAUAUUAACCAUUAACUAAUUUACUUUUUUUUACAUAUAAUCAUUAAUCAUUUAUAAUAUAGAAGAACCAGAACAACAAAUAAAAAUUAUAAAAUAGAAAAGAAAA